CCCCACACACACACACACGCUGCUCUCCCGCCGCCGCCAUGGCUCUGCUGCAGUCCCGCCGGCUCCUCGCUGCGCCGCGCCUCGCCGCCUCCGCCCGGGCCAGCUCAUGGUGGUCUCACGUGGAGAUGGGUCCCCCCGACCCUAUCCUGGGGGUGACAGAAGCUUUCAAGCGCGACACCAAUUCCAAGAAGAUGAACCUGGGCGUGGGAGCGUACCGAGAUGACAACGGGAAGCCGUACGUCCUGAACUGCGUUCGUAAGGCGGAGGCCCAGAUAGCAUCUAUGAAGAUGGACAAGGAGUACUUGCCCAUUGCGGGGCUAGCAGAUUUCACCAGGGCAUCAGCAGAACUGGCGUUGGGUGAAAACAGUGAGGCUUUCAAGAGUGGCCGGUAUGUCACUGUGCAGGGUAUUUCUGGGACUGGAUCUCUGCGAAUUGGAGCCAAUUUUUUGCAACGGUUCUUCAAGUCUAGUCGUGAUGUGUAUCUGCCCAAGCCAUCCUGGGGCAAUCAUACACCUAUUUUCCGUGAUGCUGGCCUACAGCUUCAGUCUUACCGCUACUACGACCCCAAGACAUGCAGCCUUGACUUCUCUGGAGCCAUGGAUGACAUUUCUAAAAUUCCAGAGAAGAGCAUCAUCCUCUUGCAUGCCUGUGCUCACAACCCCACUGGAGUGGAUCCUCGACCAGAGCAAUGGAAGGAGUUGGCUGCUGUGGUGAAGAAACGGAACCUCCUCGUGUACUUUGACAUGGCCUACCAGGGCUUUGCCAGCGGGGACAUCAACCGGGAUGCUUGGGCUGUGCGGCACUUCAUUGAGCAGGGCAUCAACAUCGUGUUGGCGCAGUCCUACGCCAAGAACAUGGGGCUGUACGGGGAGCGUGUGGGUGCCUUCACGGUGAUCUGCAGUGAUGCAGAGGAAGCCAAGAGGGUCGAGUCUCAGCUGAAGAUCCUCAUCCGUCCCAUGUACUCCAACCCCCCCAUCAACGGAGCCCGCAUCGCCUCUCUCAUCCUGAACAGCCCUGACCUGCGGAGAGACUGGCUGGUGGAGGUGAAGAGCAUGGCUGACCGGAUCAUCAGCAUGCGAACUCAGCUGGUGUCCAACCUCAAGAAAGAGGGAUCUUCCCACAACUGGCAGCACAUCACCGACCAGAUUGGCAUGUUCUGCUUCACAGGGCUGAAGCCUGAGCAGGUGGAGCGGCUGACCAAGGAGUUCUCCAUCUAUAUGACGAAGGAUGGCCGAAUCUCUGUGGCGGGAGUUACAUCGGGCAACGUGGGCUACCUGGCUCAUGCCAUUCAUCAAGUCACCAAGUAAAGACAAAGGUGUGCCCUGGAGCUGUUGGCCUUCCCUUCCCCCGUCUCUUGCUGCUGAUGGAAGAAUGGGAGGGGAAGGAAGUAAGCAGAAUACUUCCAACCACAGCACUUAACGCCGCUGCUGAAUGUAUCUUGUAGAUGAAUUGUUGUAGAGGCCUAGUCAAAUCACCCUACAUUGCUGAGCAGGGGCACCAUUGCUGGCUUCUACUCCCGUCAGAACCAUUCCCUCCUACAGUUCAUCCGUUCUCCAUCUGCCCCAGCACCCCUCUGCAUUGGAGGAAGCAAACGGUUAGCAUCCUGCCAUCCUACCAGUGUAAGCACAAGUGCGUCCCCACGUUCAUUUCUCCAUGAGAAGGCUUUAUAAGGCUGUUUGCCGCUUGCUGGCAGUGGCACUGGAGAGGCAGCUGGGUGGGCUGAGUGGGUGGGCUGCUCAGGUACACUCCUGCAGCCUCCUCAGCCUCUCCCUGCUGCCUGCAGGCUCCGUCCUCCUUCCCCCCUCUGCAGCUGGGCUUUGGACUAGCCAAGAGCCAGGCAGCACCGAAGCUGCCGUCUGACAACCAGCACAAAGGCUUUGAGGACUUCUUGUUACUAAAAUCCACUGCAUUCUUGGCUUAGCUCUUUCCAGCUGCGAGUCUCCUCUUGGGUGUGAUUCACAGUGGUGUUGGUGCAUGAGGCAGGCCACUGUCACUUCUCUAAGUCUGCCUGGUUCACUCCCAUACUCUGAGGUGAAACAAUUACUUGCUCCUCAAUAAGAACAUACUCUGAAAACUGCUCUUUGCUGGUCUCUGCCUCUCCCAGUUCUUCUACCAACCCCAACAGCUUGGCCCUGAUCCUUGGCCCUGAUCCUGAUCCUAUCAGCCCUUCAUGCAAGGAAGAGUGUGUGUGUGUGUGUGUGUGUGUGUGUCCCAAAGCAACGAGCCAAGACGUAGGGCCCACCGUGCGCACCCUCCCACUAGGGUGCCAUGGUGUCCUCCUCUUGUCUGCUCUGUCCAACCAGACUUCUGUUGCUGUUAGAAAGCAGGAGGGGGAAAAAUCCCAAGGGAAGUCUGAGAGCUAGUGACUCAGAAAACAUUCUCUCGUUUGAAGCUGAGACCUGAGAGGACAAAAAGCCCUCACAGGGCAGGCCUGGACUCCGAUCUUUCAUCCAAAGUAAGCUGACACGUGGCUGUGUUGAGCUGCGGCCUUCCUCCCAUUAUAGCAGUGCUGGAUCCUGUCCUUUCUUUGUACCAAACAUUCCCUCUCAGGGAUGUGCCAGUACAGGGGAUCUCAUUAUGGCCAGUGAAACUGUUUUGCGAGGAUCCCCGUAGAGAGAGUGCAAUUCCCACCCAGUCUUGUGUCCUGAAGGCACCAAGGCCUGUGGAUGGAGACUGUUCUAGGUGGGAGUCAGAGUCAUGCAGCUAAAAUUGUAGCCUACUCUGUUGAACAAAGCUGUCGUUUGAGGGAUUUGUUUUUUUUCUUUCCCCUGGGGGAGAGUGCAGGUACCCACAGGGUGUCUGUCCUUUGCCCAGCCACUGAAGCAAGAGGAGUUUUGCUUUGCAGCAAGCAAAGAUUGUUCCCUAGACAGACACCAAGGGAGGUAUCUUUGCUGCUGAAACACUUUUUCCAUCCUGUGGCUCUGAUCUCCCAACUGACACCUUUCUCCUUUGCAAUUGUACCAGGAUAUUCAGCAGAGCAGUCCCUGUUUUUCACUUGUUACCAGUGCAAAUUUGUUCCCUCAGAGCUGGAAUGGGUCUGUCUAAGCAUAUGCUGUCACCGUGCUUUCUGCACAAACCUCGGGGGGCUGGAGCCUCCUGCUGCCCCAGAGCAGACAGUUCGCACUUGAAUUGCAAUGAUUGUUUACACGGCCCGACGCCUACAGCCUCUGCGGCUCUCCGAUUUGUGCAAUAACUGCUUUCCGUGCUGCUGCUCUCGGUGCUGCCUCGUCGUGCUGCAGGAUGGUGGGUUCUUGUGCUGUGGUGCUGGGUUCUGCGUUGCUCCGGAGCCUGCCUUCCCCUGUCUCCCCUGGUUUCAGAGAGCCCUUUUACCCUGUGUAAAUCAUUAGGCCUUUCUGCAGCCUGUUACAAUAAAAAUAGAGCUGGA